CUCACUGAUCUUCCCCCCCCCCCCCAUCCAACACCCCCUGGGACUUCACUCCCUGCAACUGCACACUGCCCACUGCCACUCCUCCCAAUCCCAAGAACCCACCUUUCCUCUCCCCCUCCUGCUGAUCCGGAUCCGCCUCCCUGGUCGGGUCGGUUCGGUUCGGGUCGUGCGUGAACAGGACGGACCCAUCGUCGACCGCGAUGGACGCGCCGCUGGUCAACGCGUCCUCCUUCUCCGCCGCCAACCCCUCCGCCUACAGCUUGGCCGAGAUUUGGCCCCUCGGCGGGGACACCGGCAUUGUCGGGCCGGGCCUCCGGGCCGGGAACCUCGACGGGUCGGUGGAGGAGUCCACGGUGACGGAGCAGAGCGGCAGCGGGAGGAGGAGGAGGAGGAUGAAGGACGCGAGCUCCGAGGACGAGUCGUCCAAGAUGGUGUCCUCGAGCUGCGUCGUGGGCAGUGAUUUGAACAAUUCGAAUGGUGCCAAACGCGCGAAGAUAGCCGGAUCCCGUGAUGAAAAUGGCAGUUCCAAAGCUGAAGUAGAGGCGAAUUCUGUUGCUUGUAAUAAAUCGUCAGCGGAACAGAGUGCUAAACCGUCUGAGCCACCAAAGCAAGACUACAUACAUGUGAGGGCGAGGAGGGGCCAAGCGACGGACAGUCACAGCUUAGCAGAAAGAGCUAGGAGAGAGAAGAUUAGUGAGAGGAUGAAAACUCUUCAAGAUUUGGUCCCUGGUUGCAAUAAGAUCAUUGGAAAGGCACUGGUUCUCGAUGAGAUUAUCAAUUAUAUCCAAUCAUUGCAGCACCAGGUUGAGUUCUUGUCGAUGAAGCUCGAAGCAGUCAAUUCAAGGAUGGACAUGAGCCCAGCAGUGGAAGGCUUUGUUCCCAAAGAUCUCAUGUCACAGCAUUUUGACGGUACUGGGAUGAUGUUUGCCUCACAAGCAGCGAGGGAUUACCUGCAAGGAUCACAAGCACAACCGGAUUGGCUUCAUAUGCAGACCGGUGGCGGAUUUAAGAGAGAGACAUGAUGACAACGGACUUGCUCGACUUAACUUAGGAUCGUGAGGAGCCAGAUUAACUAUUCAGGUCCACGUCGAUAUGUAACAUGAACUUUGUUGCUGAUAUCUUAUUGUUUAGCACCAAAUCCGCAAAUCGAAAAUUGUCGGUCCAUUCUCUAAAUUAUGUAAUACUUAAUCUCAGCAGGAAAUGCAUCUGAUUUCCGUCUGUACUGUCUAACCGGAUCAGAUACCUUGUACACUGUUUACUUGUGGCUUUGGGAACAUAAUAUGAGGCGGCAAUUCCACGA